CGUUACCGUUUCGCCGUUCGGCGUCGUAUCCGCUCGGAUUGAGCGAGGCGGAGCGAUUACUCGUUUAUCACCGCGACCACACUCGGCGAGAGAACGGACCGCACGGUGGACCGCAGCUGCACCGCAUCCACCGCGUGAUAUAUCCCUGCCUGUGCCUGCGGGGAUAGAUAAAAGACGUUGUUCCCGGCGAUCGCAUCGCGGGCGGAUCGCUGGAAGAAGCGGACGAACAGAUCGAGGCAGGAGGAGGCGUUGGAGGAGGAGGAGGAGGAGGAUGCGUCGCGAGUGAACGUCUGUGAACGCGGCGGAGGAUGUGCUGAUCGAUCCGGAUCGAAAGUGUCGCGUCCCAUUUAAGCGUGGCUGGCCGUGGUUCGGAUGAGUGCACAUCGGCGAUGACACAUGUGUUUCGCUCCCGUGUUUCGUACGCCGCGUUCGUCGUCGGCCACGAGCCGUGAUUCGAAUCAUCAUCUGCUGAUAUCUCUCGGACCGACGUCCUCGACGACGGAAGACAACAGCGAAAUCAUCGAGAUUGUCGAGACUACGUCGCCACGAAGGAAAAUGAGCAAAGCGAUCCUUGGCGUUCACCGCCUGUUGAUUAUCUUCCUUUGCUAUCAAGCUACCGGGCACAGCUUGAUACUGGAAGAGGAGAAGGAGCCAAAUUAUCUGAACGCAGGAGUGGGGGAGUACGCGGUGUUCAAUUGCGAUUUGGACUUUCCCCACGAAACACCGAUACCGUACAUCCUUCAAUGGAAUCGUGACGGCAGGACGAUCUUCUCGUGGUUUCACAACGAAUACUCGACGGGGUUGGGUUACGAGGGCCGCGUGCACCUGUUGGAAGACGCCGCGAGCCGUGGCUACGGCCAGGGGAGCAUCAACUUGACCAACAUCCGGGAGAGCGACCAGGGAUGGUACGAGUGCAGGGUCAUCUUCCCGAACAGGACCCCAAACUCGAGGAACAACGGCACGUGGUUCCACCUCGCCAUAGAUGGUGCGUCGCCGUUUCCGACGUCUGUUCCAGGCGAGACUUUGCUGGCGGUUCCGCCCGUCAACAAGACAGUGAUGGAGGGCGAGUCGGUUGAUUUCGAUUGCGUGGCCAAGGGGGAGAGGUCGGUCGUCGCCUGGCUACGUGAGGGGGUGGAAAUCACUGAGAUCGAGGAUUUCAAGAGGAGGGCGUCGAUCGGCGAGGAUGGCACGUUGACGAUCAACUCGGCCUCCAUGGGCGACCUCGGGGAGUACAGUUGCGUGGUUACCGGCGAGACCGGCGACCAGCAGAGCGCCUCCGCCUUCCUCAACGUCCAAUACAAGGCGAAAGUGAUCUACGCUCCCCGAGAGGUGUACCUCCCUUACGGGAAGCCAGCCCUUCUCGAUUGCCACUUCAGGGCGAAUCCGCCCCUGACGAAUCUGCGUUGGGAGAAGGACGGAUUUCUGUUCGAUCCGUACAACGUUCAGGGUGUGUUCUACAGGAGGAACGGUUCCCUCUACUUCAGCAAGGUGGACGAAACCCACUCGGGAAGUUACACUUGCACGCCGUACAACGAGCUUGGGACCGAGGGACCCAGUCCGUCGAUCACCGUGAUCGUGCAGAGGCCGCCCGUGUUCACCGUCACCCCCCAACACUUGUACAUAAGGAAAUUGGGAGAGAAUUUGGAGAUACCCUGCGACGCGAAGGAUGGAGAUCAAUCUCACAGGCCGUCGAUCGUUUGGUACAAGGACGGCUCGCCAAUACCGUUGACCAACAGAACGAUUAUAAUCGGUGGCAACUUGACGAUAGACAGGAUACAAGAGCAGGACAGGGGGUUGUACCAAUGCGCGGUGAGCAACGAAGCCGCGACGGUGGUCGCGGACACGGAAUUAAUGGUGUUGAACGUCCCUCCGAGGGCGCCGUACAACUUGAGCGCCAACAGCAGCAACAACGCUGUCACGUUGACCUGGGUGCCGGGAUACGUGAGACCCAAGAUGGAAUACUCGGUCUGGUACAGGCCAACCGACACGACCGAGUGGAGAACGAUGAAGAUCUUGUCGAGAAAAAUCACCGAGGCGACGAUAAACAAUCUGAAUCCGGGGCGGGAGUACGAGUUCAUGGUGCUUAGCCAGGACAAACACGGGGACGGGAUGUUCAGUAAAACGUUGCGUAUAUUCACCCAGCCCAGUACGUAUCGCAUUUUCCACGAGAUAUCGCGUCGAAAAUUCUAUGCGAGAUAUAUUUCAGAUUCGUUGGAGGAGAAUUCGGCGUCGGAGUAUCGCAGUCCUCCAGACGAUCGGAUGGGCCCGCCGUUGAACGUGAGAGUGCAAGCGACCGUGCAAGGCUAUCUCGUCACUUGGGAGCCGCCUGCUUACGGGAAGGAGCAAGUGAGAUUGUACGCCGUUAGAUGGUUCCGUGGGCCGUCCGAGCAAUUGUACGGCAGAGCGGAAACGACCGACACUUACUAUUUGGUUAAAACGCUGGAGGAGGAGAGUUACUACACGUUCGAGGUUGCCGCUAUGUCUAUCUCGGACGACGUGGCAACGAGCGAUCGCGUCAGUCUCGAAGUACCGGCGUACCGUAGAAACAGAGCGAUUUCGAUGGGCAUAGUGGCGGGGAUAGGAUUCCUGGCAGCUGCCCUGGCCGCGAUAUGGUGGGCGAGGAAACGUUUUUGUCAAUCGUCCAACGAAAAAUAAAUACGGACAGUUAAUGGGUCGAGCGAGGUUAUCCUUCGUUCGAAAUCCGUUUUUUCCUUAAAAAGUAGCGACAUCGAUAGAUUAAGAAAAGAAGGAGAAGGAGAAGGAGUUGAAGGAGAAGGGGAAGGGGAAGAUGGCAUCUCUCGGCUCUCGGUCGUAACCGUUUUUAUGUAACAUAGGAAUUAUCGAUCGCAUAGAUGGUCGAGGGAAGGGGGGAGGACCAUUUGAACGCUGCAAAAAAAAAGUUUCUUCUCUUUAUGUACAUCGUGUUUUACGUAGAUAUAAGUUACGACUAAUACGAGUGUUCUUGCGUUCUUGCAUCGUGUCACAUUAUGUAUCGUUUAAAAGCUUUAUUAGAUAAGUGCACGUUUAUUAAGGAUUAGAUCUGGCAUUUGUUCAUUAUUCGGAGGUAUACACGAAGCCGUGAGGAGCAUAGGGGUUCUUAACCCGGCGCGACGGCCGUUAAUACGUAACGGCCGACCACGUCUCUCCCAUAUAAUAAUACUCGGCUAAACUGUUGUAUGUAUACACCCGAUAUGUUUUUCUAUUGUAAAUAAAUUGUGUCGAUUACGUUA